AAAGAUUUUCGACUAAAAACAAAUGACGUCACUUCCGGGAUACAGGGAAGAGCAAAAGACAGCUGGCAUGUUUUCAUCGAGGGACGUAGAAAGUGCUUGUUAAAGGUCAUGGUUAUCUACGUGUGUUCAAUCUUGGUAAGUGGAGUCCUCUUGUUUGUGGAAAAAAACGAGGAGUUGAUUUUUCACAAUUCAGCCGGUGCAGCCGCAGCCACUUGUUUUGCUGCCGUCCGAGAUUUGAAUUUCAGGCUGUUCCGAAGACUGAGCAAUGGAGAUGUCGGUGUGUGAGGACGGCCGCACUUUUGUGGAGGUGAUCAAUGAAAAGUACAGUCCAGAGAACUUUCCGUGCCGCCGAGGCCUUGGCAUGGGGGUUGUGGUGGUCCCCACUGCAUGUCCCCAAGGUUCCCCCAUGAAAGACCGUCUAAACUUGCCCAGUGUACUGGUGUUGAAUGGAUGUGGAAUCAGCAGGGCGGGAGACCCGAGUGAAAUUGCUGCCUUCUGUGCCCAUGUCAUGGAGCUGGACUUGUCCCAUAACAAGCUGCAGGACUGGCAUGAGAUUGGUCAAAUCGUGUCAAAUCUCCCGAAUUUGGAGUUCCUUAACUUGAGCUCCAACCCGCUAACAGGGAUGCCUCUUGAGCCACAAUGUGCUGAAGCCUUUUCUCGGGUCCGACGACUCGUCCUUAACAACACCCAAGUGUCCUGGGACACUGUGAUGGUGCUCACCCGUGAGAUACCAGAGCUUGAAGAGUUGUUCCUGUGCCUUAAUGAGUACAGUUGCGUGCGAGCUUCCAGUGAGGCUUGUCCCAACCUCCGCCUGCUUCACAUCACAGACAACAGCUUACACGACUGGGCCGAAGUCCGCAAGUUUGGAUCCAUGUUCCCUGGCCUAGACACUCUGGUCAUGGCCAACAACAACUUGGCGUCCAUACAGGACAGCAAGGAUAUCCUGCAAUGCCUUUUCCCCAACCUUCGCAGCAUCAACCUCCACAACUCUGGUCUUAAUCGAUGGGAAGACAUUGAGAAGCUAAACUUCUUUCCUAAGCUGGAGGAAGUACGAUUACAGGGCAUCCCAUUACUACAGACGUACACCAAUGUGGAGCGACGCAGCCUGAUUAUUGCACAGCUUCCGUCUAUAUCACUCCUAAAUGGCAGUGUUGUAACUGAAAGUGAGAGAGAAGAUGCAGAGAGAUUCUUCAUCCGUUACCACUUGCACUGUCCUGAAGAGGAGCUGCCUCACAGAUACCAUUUUUUGGUAAACAAGUAUGGAAAGUUGGAACCUCUGGCUGAAAUCGAUCUUCGACCACGCUGCCAUGCUCAAGUUGAAGUUCACUGUGAAGAAAGAGUGGAACAGGUAAACAUUCGUUUGGACCAGACUGUGGCUGAACUGAAAAAGCAGCUGACAUCAGUGGUGCAGCUGUCUACCAAUAGCAUGAGGCUGUAUUACAUCGACAAGAACAGCGCUUUCGGCCCGGAAGAACUCAAGUACAACACACGAGCUCUUCACUCCUACAGUAUCCAAGACGGCGAUGAGAUACUUGUUGUGCCCAAGACCAAGUGAACAGCUGUCUCCUAGCUGAUUAUUUUCUUUACUGAAUAAUUAACUGGAUUCAUUAGCUGACAUUGAAAAACAAUUAUAUAACAUAUCUCGUAGCUUAAGAAGCUAACCGAUAAAAUGAAGAGUCAAACCAAGAACGCCUUCAUUCUGAUGUCUAAACAGUGGAACGCAUUUGACUGCUGGGACGCUACUCUGGACAGAAUGAUGUCUUUAUUUACUCUGUUUAGUUUUAUGGCACCAAUUGAGGUGCAGGAUACAGAGGACAGUUGGAAAGAGAAAACGUACAGACAGCUCCAAGCUUCCAAUGGGAUAGCACUGCUGCACCUUUGCUGCAUGAAUGCAACACGACUGCAUCAGCAAAUAUCAUCACUUUAGCACUAUCAAAGCUACAUUUAACCAUCAACAGGCAUUGCUGCUGUCAUCUGCAUUUCACGAUUGUGACCAAAACAUCUAGAUGAAUUUUCUUUAAGAUUGGUUUUAUCUAACGCAGGCGGACAUAAUUCAUGUUAAUCGUACUCCAAACUACUUGAAUUUAAAUCUAUAUAUAUCUUGUUGACUUGUUCAAAGAUCAAACAUGCUGUACAGUGGAACCUCUGUUUUGGUCUGUAAUCAGUUCCAGAAAGUCCGACGGGAAUCGUCCGAAAUCCAAGGCAGUAUUUCCUAUAGUUUCCUAUAAUCGUGUAAAACCAAUUACGUGUGAGACACCAACAGUUAUUUUAGAAAUUAGAUUUUAUAGAGUACAACAUAAUAUUUGUAAAUACUGGGUGUACACAACAACACAAACAGGACAAAAUGUAGAUUAGCAUUUUUUUAAUAGUUACAAAAACUAUAGUAUAGUAGAUUCCACUACAAUCUAUAUACUAAUUCAUGAUUUUAGAAUGAUCCACAAUGAUUGAUAAGCUAAAAAUCACAUCUUACUCUGUGGGAAAAGCAAUCAAUAUGCAAUUGUUACAACUGAAAUGUUAAAGCAUUUAACAGCAUGACACCAAAUGUUAAUUUAUUAUUUUAUCUGCACUAAAUGUUUCAUCACGUACUGUAUCUUGUACAUUAUUCCCAUAGUUUCCUACACUUUUGAGCCACACGUUGGGUCAUUUGAUGGAACAAGGACAAAGCAUCAAAGAGUUGGAGGAAACUUUGCGAAUGCCUGUUGUGCAACAUCACUGUGUUGACGUGACCAUAAUACUGAACAAAAGUCAGAUCUCGUUUUCUUUAAGACUUUUACAGUCAAUGUAUAAAACACACGAGCGUUGUUCUUGGGUAGCCAUUGUGAUACGCUGCCCUCUACAGGAAUAUCCCUAAACCCAUUGGUUGAGAGCCACAGAACGGGCACAAAGUGAGACACGUUUGUUGUUUAUUGGGACCUUCCAAAGAAUAAAGGCCUCUUCAUUUUAAAUCUCAUGAUUAGAACAUCCAUUGUUUGUACUUGUAGCCAUGAUGUGAAGAAAUCCUCCUUUAUGUGCUAUUGCACAGUAUGUUAAGGAGUAGCACCAAUGUUUCCAUUUCAAAUUUCCAACACCCCCCCCCCCCCCCCCUUGUCUAUGAUUUUCUUGGUCAUGGUCCAGGUUUAGUGUGGUACACAUCUCCCCAAGCAGCACCUCGACUUGAUAGAGGAUGCUCAUGAAGUUGUUUAACUGUGUAAUCAAGUCACAUGUAUUUUUACAGCCUUCAAUCACAACAAAUGUCUCAACAGCUUCAGACCCACAAAUGACAAACUGUUAUAACAUCUCCUGUUCUAAACCCCUAAAAAAAACUAGGAAAACACCCAACUGCAACUAGGGAGAAUAGGAAAUGAUGAGAAGGGCUACAGCUGUGUCUAAAAUCUGGAUAAGUAGUGAAUAUUUGAAGGGAGUAAAAUGUUUGGGCACAGCAAUGAAGUACCUACUGUAUUUGUUUAUUACACCCCACCACUGAGAUUUAAAUUUAUUUAAAAAAAAAAAAAAAAAAAAAAAAUCAUCUUUUGCUGUCGCACCCCAAAAUUGUGAGUGCAGGAUAAAGUAAUGAAUCAGCCUCAAUGUUUCAAUACUUUAGCAAUGGAGUAAGCCACCCAAUUAUGAGUGUGGGAGUGAUUUAAUCUUUAAACUAUUCUAUCAAUUUAAAUAUUUUUAGUUUUGAACAAAGAAUAGCAUUUUGUUGGGUGUGUGAAUGCCUCACUAAAUAAACCCUCUCCCACAAACACACACACACACACACACACACACAUUAAACUUUAAAGUCUAGAAAUGUUCUUUUUUUUUUUCUUCUUAAAUCCCCCUCUUCAACAAUAUAUUUCACCUUAUUUUUGGUAAUCUCUUAAACCCCUCGGUAUCCAAUAAUCUUAGCAUUCAUACUUAUUAAGCUUGUACCUAAUAUAUUUAAUUACACCACUGCUACACUUGAAUAUCAGGACAUGAAAUAAUUAAGCUUAUGUUUGAAGGUAAAGCACCUUAAAGCAGUACAGAUAUAAAACAUUAUUGUGUGAGUGAUGGUUAAACAUAAACCAUGGGUUCUUGCACUGAGUCCAAUGCUGUAUCAAUGUCUGAGUGUAAGUAUGGAAUUGCGUGUUUAAUCUGUUAGGGAUGUCCCAAUCCGAUCACGUGAUUGGAAAUUGGGCCGAUCGCGCCAUUUUUCAGAGGAUCAGAAUCGGUUGAAAAGGAUCGGGUUUUAAUUAAAAAAAAAAAAAAAUCUGCUUCAUGCUCGUACAGCACCAGAGCUUCUCACCCUCCCUCCCGGUAGCCAGUGCAGCCAAACUGUCCAGCUUGCGUUUGGUACUUAAAGUUAACAAUGAUUGACAGGUUUGUAACUUUGAUAUUGCUAGAGAAGCUUAGUAGCUCUACAAUUAAAGGCACGAAUGUGACUAUCAUUGUUAAACUCAUUGUGUAAGUGAGAGUGCAUCAAAACGUUAGUUGAUUUGAGUGGACUCGGUCAAUGAAGCAUUUAAUAAAGACAAGCAUUUUUCUACUUUAUUCUUGUUUAAAAAUAAUUCACAUUAUGAAGCAGGCACGGUGGGACAGUAACAUGUUUGGGACUUUUAUCGGAUCUGGAUUCUGUAUCAGAUUGUCAAAAUCAGAUGACUCGGAUGCAAAAAUAUGCUAUCGGGACAUCCCUAAUGUUGUUUUUGUUCGGCUUGUAAAGACAAUGACUAAACUAAACAUUGUGUAUUAAGCUUUGAUUACCCAUAUUGUAUAUGGCGGAAAACACUCAGGUGACUUGAAGUUCCGCUCUGAGACCCCCAAUUUACCCAACUUUCAAAAUUGUACGAUAUGCAUGUGUGAUACAUCAUUGGAAAACUUAAAAUCUCAAUUUUUGGGGGGAAUAAAAAUUUUUAACAGGAGGCAUUUAAAAAAAUAAUAAACAGCAAAACCCCAUCCGGAGGCGAGAGCACGCGAGGGCAGAAUUACAGACGCCAUGACUUUAACGAGAUAUUAUCGAGUGCUUACCUUGUUUCGACCCAAAAACUCCAGGUAGCGUGUAUCACUGAGUGUCAAGACACAGCUGUGAAUGGCCACAGCUGGAUUUGGGGGGGAUUUUAUGGGUGUAACAUGGUACUUUAACAAGGGUUGCAAUGCAGAAAUCGCAGACAUCAAGGAGUGGUCGAGUUUCUUUUUCAUACACUCACCGGCCACUUUAUUAGGUACACCAUGCUAGUAACGGGUUGGACCCACUUUUGCCUUAAGAACUGCCUCAAUUCUUCGUGGCAUAGAUUCAACAAGGUGCUGAAAGCAUUCCUCAGAGAGUUUGGUCCAUAUUGACAUGAUGGCAUCACAGAGUUGGUGCAGAUUUGUCGGCUGCGCAUCCAUGAUGCGAAUCUCCCGUUCCACCACAUCCCAAAGAUGCUCUAUUGGAUUGAGAUCUGGUGACUGUGGAGGCCAUUUGAGUACAGUGAACUCCUUGUCGUGUUCAAGAAACCAGUCUGAGAUGAUUCCAGCUUUAUGACAUGGCGCAUUAUCCUGCUGAAAGUAGCCAUCAGAAGUUGGGUACAUUGUGGUCAUAAAGGGAUGGACAUGGUCAGCAACAAUACUCAGGUAGGCUGUGGCGUUCCAACAAUGCUCAAUUGGUACCAAGGGGCCCAAAGAGUGCCAAGUAAAUUUUCCCCACACCAUUACACCACCACCACCAGCCUGAACCGUUGAUACAAGGCAGGAUGGAUCCAUGCUUUCAUGUUGUUGACGCCAAAUUAUGACCCUACCAUCUGAAUGUCGCAGCGGAAAUCGAGACUCAUCAGACAAGGCAACGCUUUUCCAAUCUUCUAUUGUCCAAUUUCGAUGAGCUUGUGCAAAUUGUAGCCUCAGUUUCCUGUUUUUAGCUGAAAGGAGUGGCACCCGGCGUGGUCUUCUGCUGCUGGGUGGUUAUUUGAGUCACUGUUGCCUUUCUAUCAGCUCAAACCAGUCUGGCCAUUCUCCUCUGACUUCUGGCAUCAACAAGGCAUUUCCGCCUACAGAACUGCCGCUCACUGGAUAUGUUUUCUUUUUCGGACCAUUCAUUGUAAACCCUAGAGAUGGUUGUGCGUGAAAAUCCCAGUAGUUCAGCAGUUUCUGAAAUACUCAGACCAGCCCUUCUGGCACCAACAAUCAUGCCACGUUCAAAGUCACUCAAAUCACCUUUCUUCCACAUACUGAUGCUCGGUUUGAACUGCAGGAGAUUGUCUUAAACCAUGUCUACAUGCCUAAAUGCACUGAGUUGCCGCCAUGUGAUUGUAAACUGAUUAGAAAUUAAGUGUUAACGAGCUGUUGGACAGGUGUACCUAAUAAAGUGGCCGGUGAGUGUAUAUUUACCAUUUUAAACGUUUUUUUUUUUCAUUUUUAUUUGUUUGGGUCGAUUAUUUAUCAGACAUCGGAGGAAUUUCGACAGUAACAACAACAAAAAAAUACAAUUAAGCGAUAGUUAUGAGGUAGAUAUCCGUGACUUUUUUACAGAUGCCCUUUUUUCAUUAUGACAUAAUUUGUUUAAAAGUUUAAAAUAUAUGAGUGAAUAAUUUUUUAGUCGUUUAUUUUUUUAAACGAAAUAUGAGACAUCAAUUAAUGAUUCUAAGCUAAAAACGACAGACAUUUUGAAUGAUAAAUAUAAUUGGUUUUAUGGCUGGGUUGGAACAAUAGCGGUUGUGCGACGUCUGUAUAGGGGGUUUUCAGGUUAAAACGGACAAAUUAAAAAUAGUUCGGGGGCUUAAUGCGCCAUGAAUCUGCUAUGGCAGUGGCUUCAAAUACAGCAGUUUAUUUUAAAGAGGAGUGCAUGAGCAGAAACUGCUUUUUCAGUCUUGUCUGUGUUUUCCGCCAUAUAUAUUUUUUGCUUUUUUUUUUUUUUUUUUUUCUUUCAACAAAACAAAUCUGUUGUUCAUUUUUUGUCUUUCUCCUGUUACCACUUACUGGUUCAAACUUUGAGUGCUUGAAUAAGAAUUACUAUCUGUCACAGUAAAGAUUCAUGAUGACGCAAAUUGAUUAUUUAAAAUUUGCUGUUGUUUUCUUUUCAAUAUGGGUGAUUAUACUGUAAAUUUGAUUGACAGUGGUCUAAAUAGCAUAUUAAUAGUUCCCAAACUAUUGAUGAAUGUUCACAUUACAUCAUCAAAUAAAAGUCCCUAA